CGCGGAAAGAGAGACGGAGCCAGGCAGGGAGCCAGGCAGAGAAAGAGAGAGAGAGCCAGGCAGAGAAAGAAACAGAGAGCCAGCAACACAGACUCGAUUAGCGCAGCCAUGCCACCAUCUGCUGUUUACAAGACAAACGGACUGCAACACGAGUUCACGACGGAUGUUCCACGAGACGAAUUGACGACCGAGGGUAAAACCACCGGCCCCUCCGAGUUUGUGAUGUCCAAGGGAGCCACGGACAGGGACAAGCCCUCAGAGGCCAAGGACAGUGCGAUGGGCCUGCUGAGGUGCCAGGUUACGAGACUACAAGACGAUAUCAACGAGUUCCUGACGAGGAGAAUGCAACAGGAGGCGUCCAACAAGGGUGACGGCAGCAGUAAAGAACAGGAAGCCGAGGAGCUGGAGAAGCAGCUGCUGGAUGGAGCCGAUGAGGACUGAGACGGAGUUGAUCCAGCACCACGGGGAGACGACACACGCCAAAGUUAUGCUAGAAGUCAACAACAACACAUCCACAGAAUACCAC